AUGAAGUACGAAACUCGGGUGGAUUUGGGGAAGCUGGAGAGCACAAAACCUGAGCUCGCCUCUCAGUUCAAGGACAUUGCAGAUAUGUUGGAUUCGUCUGAUAGGCAGACUAUCGCACCCGACAUUGCCAUACAAGGCGUGCCUUCCGUGCCUAGUAACACCGUGCCCAAUUUCACUUUGGAUCGAAGACACGAGCUCCUUCAGAAGUUCGAAGAAACCACGAACCUGAUCCGCAAGCUCCCAGGGUUCGAAGGCUUUUUGAAACCGCUUAGCCGGGAUGACUUGAGCCUCGUGGCUCCUAAACAUCCAGUAGUUGUGAUCAACGUCGACUACCGCUGUGAUGCACUGAUAUUGCUUCAUGGAAAAGUUCACCAUCUGCCGUUGCCUGAUCUACGAAGGGUGAGUGUCGAGGCUGCGUUGGACAUCGUCAGAGCCAUUCGAGAGACACGACUGGAUCCACGUAUGCGCGUACUUUGGUACCACUUGCUGGGCUGGCUGUGGCGGACCACUGUGCGACCUGUGCUGCAAUACCUCGGAUUCACCACAAAACCGACAGAAUCCAAUUGGCCGCGUAUUUGGUGGGUUCCGACUGGCGCGCUCAGCCAGCUACCGCUCCAUGCUGCAGGGAUACAUCGCGAGACUUCUACGGAGUCAGCUUUGGACAGAGUGAUAUCGUCUUAUAGCCCCUCCGUUAAGGCGAUGGUCUUUUCCAGACAAAACAAUGCAAGUCCGCUUUCACCUCAGACCGGACACACUGCAUUGCUAACAUCCAUGGGAACCACGCCUGGGCAGAAUGACCUUCCCUGUGCGGAGACGGAAGCCAAAGAACUGAACGACCUCCUCCAGGUGACUAUGCAUACGACACAUCUUGAAUACCCCUUCAAAGAAGACACCGUCAAGGAACUACCAGGGUCCGACAUAUUCCAUUUUGCUGGUCAUGGCAAGGCCGAUCCGAUCGAUCCUUCUCAAAGCUGUUUGUUGUUGCAGGACUGGCACAACGAUCCCCUCACCGUUGGGGAUCUGAUUGCCAUGAAGUUGCACGAGACGCAGCCGUGGCUGGCAUUCUUGUCUGCUUGCUCGACCAGUGAGAGUCAGGAUAAGAAAUUGCUCGAUGAGUCAGUCCAUAUGGUGAGCGCCUUCCAACUUGCAGGCUUCCGCAACGUUCUCGGAACUCUUUGGGAGGUCUCAGAUAGGCACUCACUUGACCUUGCGAAGGACGUUUACAUCAGUUUGGAAGGCGUGAUCGGAGAAGAAGAGGUCGUCGCUCAUGCACUUCAUCACGCGGUGCGUAAGUUGCGAGACGACUUGAAUAACGCUGCGGGGAACCCUAGCGAUGAACCUGCUUUGCCUUUAGCUCAGAUUGGCCUAGUUGGCGGUUAUAGUGAGGAAAAGAUGACAAAGCUGAGGAUGGCAGCCGAAAGUAUGCGUCAGUUGAUUGUUAUUGAGGACGAAGAGGAUGACGAUGUAGAUGACGAACGUUUGGGAGCUAAAUCUAUCCGGAGAGUACUCCCUAAAGGUGACCCGCUUAUCUGGUCGGCCUAUAUUCAUGUUGGCUUAUAA